AUGGUGAACGGCACCACGGCGGUAUUGGAGCCCACAUUCUCGGGAUACGUCGCCACGACACAGGAUGCCUUGAUUCUGUUCGAAGCGUGUCUGACAGGCGUUCUACACCACGUUCCUCGUCGACCCCAUGACCGGGAAAGGAGCCAUCUCGUCCGGAGCGGCAGUGUGUUUAUUUACGAAGAAAACUCGUCCGGGAUUAAGCGAUGGACGGACGGGGUAACAUGGAGUCCUAGCCGGAUCCUGGGCAAUUUCCUGGUCUACCGGGAGCUGGAGAAGCCGUUUCCUCCCGGUGAGAAGAAACGCGCGAUGAAGAAGGCGAAUCGACGACCAGUGCCGUCUACACGGCCCGGGGAGCCCUAUCCGCGGCAGGACAGCAACGGCGGGUCGUAUUCGCCCUCGUCGACAGCUGGACCGUACGGGGAUCGAUCACAUCAAUCGGACGUGGAACGGGCGCUGGUCGGGUCACUGGUCGAUUCAUACGGCUUUAAGGACUCGGGACUGGUGAAGAAAACGAUGAGCGUGACCGUCUCGGGUGUGACUCAUCACCUAGUAUCGUACUACAGUGUGGAAGAUGUGAUGCGAGGCGCCCUGAAUCCGCCAUCGAUGGUGGAGUCGCUGCGAUACAUCCGUCCGCGCGCGGAGCUGACUCAGAAGCAGAGCUUCCGCGCACCAAUCGAUGAUCUGGAGACCGGCACAAUGGAGAACCCGAAUGAUCCGUCUCAUGCCCUGUAUGGAUAUCGCCCGCAGCUGAUGGCACCCCCGGGAUACGGCAUGCCCAAUCCUCACCCGGAAUUCUACAUGCACACGGCGCCCUACACCGCUUCUCAUGCACCACAAACUGCACCCAUUUCCGGAUAUUCUUUGGGGGCAUCGAUCUCCGCGCAACCUGCCUCGAACCCGUAUCUGCCUGCGCCUUCUGCGCCCACCCAGAUUCCGCCGAAGAGCGAGGACUACUCCCACUACCGAGCGGCCAACCAAGUACCCGCUCAGUAUGGCACCAGCUUCGACUCGGUCAACCAGGGCUCCUUGUCUUCUUCAAUGCCGUCCGCUCUGAACACCAACCUUGGUAGCUCGCUGAGUGAACGCAAUCGAUCCACUUCCGACCACAGCGUCUCGGCUUACAGAAACUCCUCGAUCUCGUCUCGCAGUGUUGCCACAGACAUGACCUCUCCCAUCGAUCCGUCCACUCCCGGCACCUACUCGCGGGGGAACAGCUUCAGCCUGUCGGGACACAUGGAUGGAACUUCGGGGCAGCCGCUGGAACAACGCGGCAUUCCGGCGGCGUUUGACCCGAGCAUCCCUCGACGGGAGUCCAAUCCUAUGCCGACUCAUUAUUAUGCCGGAAGUGAUCGGCCUCAUUACUAUCUGGGAGCUACUGCUCCGGCGGCGCAUACGAAUUACCCUGUCUCGACAUGGACGACGGCUGCUCCGGCUCAGCCACAGAUAUAA